CCAUUUUGGCCGGCUCGACGCGGGCGGUGGGAGGAGGGAGGUUGUCUGUGGUGGCUGCCGCCAUUUUGUCGCGGGUGCUCGAGUGCGGCGGGAGCGGGCGGAGGGUGCCGGAGUCAGCCCCACACCCCGCGCUACCCGCCAGCCAGCCCCACCGGAGACCUGGCGACCGUCUGCUUCGAUUCUCUCGAUCUGAAGAUGGCUGCACAGUCAGCACCGAAGGUUGUGCUAAAGAGCACCACCAAGAUGUCUCUGAACGAGCGCUUUACUAACAUGCUGAAGAACAAACAGCCGAUGCCAGUGAAUAUUCGGGCUACCAUGCAGCAGCAGCAGCAGCUAGCCAGUGCCAGAAACAGAAGACUGGCCCAGCAGAUGGAGAACAGACCUUCUGUCCAGGCUGCUUUGAAGCUCAAACAGAAGAGCUUAAAACAACGCCUCGGUAAAAGUAACAUUCAGGCACGAUUAGGCCGGCCGGCGGGACCCCUUGCUCGCGGAGCCAUGGGAGGAAGAGGACUGUCCAUGGGGCAGAGAGGCUUGCCGCGAGGAGCCAUGCGUGGUGGCCGGGGAGCAAGAGCUCUUCUGAGAGGAGGAGUCCCACUCAGAGGUCAGAGCCUGCUUCGUGGAGGACGAGGUAUAUCCCCCAGGAUGGGCCUGAGAAGAGGUGGCAUUAGAGGUCGCGGUGGCCCCGGAAGAGGUGGUCUAGGCAGAGGUGCCAUGGGCCGCGGAGGGCUUGGUGGCAGAGGUCGUGGCAUGGCGGGCCGGGGACGAGGGGGCUUCGGAGGUCGUGGCAGAGGACGAGGAAGAGGAAGAGGAUCGGCACGUCCUGCGUUGACCAAGGAGCAGCUGGACAACCAGUUGGAUGCUUACAUGUCUAAAACGAAAGGACACCUCGAUGCCGAGCUGGAUGCUUACAUGGCUCAGACAGACCCGGAAACAAACGACUGAAGGUCGUUCCGAGAGACUGUCGCUGAAGUUAGUGUGUUAUGUCGAUGCCCAUAAGCUAAAAACGGAAACCCUGAUUCACGCUGGAAGGACCCGCAGGAAUAGGGAGCGGCCCUGUUCUACCGAAAACCAGACUUUAGUGUGUUCCUUUAACAUUUUGAUACUAUCUGUUGUAUGAAACCUUUUUUUUUUUUGGAUUGUUUUUUUUAUAUCUCUCUUUCUUCCCCCGAGUACUCCAAACAUGAAUGUGACAGAUCUGCUGCAGUUAAUCGGCUGACAUCAGCACUGGUGCCUCACCGUGUGGCGCGUUAGAUGAAGCUCUCAUCGGUGCUGGGAUCCCGCAGUUACGUGUCUCAAGCUCCACGGUUGUGUCUUGGGGUCGGCCUUGUCCCCAAGCGUGACCCAAGGGCCAAGUUUGCACCCGCAGUUCAAUUUAACCCAUCCGAAGCAAAAAAAAAAAAAAAUACCCAAAAAAACCCCCAUAAACCACAACUCCCAGCAGGGCAAACAGGCUAUUUUUCUUGUUUCGCACCAAAACUUUCCUCUUCCGUCGGUAGCCAGUGUUCUGUUAAUGCCUAGUGCAGAGCCCUUCCCAGGUUGAGAACUUCCUUGGUUUGUUGGUUUUGUUGUUUUUUAGAUAACUUUGAAUUUCUUUUUGCAUUGUGUUUGAACAGAUGGCACCAGUGGUAUCUGUAUCUGCGAGAAAACGAGUGUUUAUUUAAAGGAGUUGGAAGCAGGAACAUAAAAUUUACAGCUGUGACAGCAAAGCGUGGUAGAACUGUCUCUUUUAACACACCAAAAUUCCUGUUACCUUUCGGUGUAACCAAAACCGCCUCCUCAGGUCAGACCGACUGCCUGCACUUACCCCAAGGGUUUGGGAAGGGGUCUCUUCCUCCCCCUCCUCAAGUUUUAAGUUCAACCAUUCUGUGACCCGUUCCAGUUUCAAUGGAAUCUUGUAUUUCUGGUUUGUUGUAACAAAGGAGAAAUAAUUAUAAAAACGAUGUGGACUCUG